AUGAUGACAUCCCUCAAUGUUGCGGGUCAAAGGCAGAACUUGGUGGAGCCUUGGCUGUCAGAGAAGACGAGAAUGUUGAGGAAGCGGAUGCAACGGAGUUUGUUCCCAAGAUCCAUGCUCUGCAGAAUCAGGCAGAGCUGCUCCGCUCGGGCGAACUUCGUCAGGUCAUCGAAACUAUGA